AAUUAUAAUUCUAUUACAUAAAGAGACUCUACAUAAAUCCGCUACGCUAAGUGAACCUCAACAUCACCACUCCUCUUCGUCCCGAAAUCACAAUAUGGGAGACCGUCCAAGAUACAGUCAUGACCAGCUCGAGCAAUAUUUCAACCGAAUUGCGCUACCUGAGCAAAACCGCUUAUACUCGGUAGCAGCAUUCUCAGACGAUGCUAAGCUGAGCUACUUGGCUCUCCUAAAUAAACAUAACAUAGUGCGGAUCCCGUUCGAGAACUUAACGCAGCAUUAUUCGUGGCAUAAGACCGUCAAUGUUCGGCCUCAGCAUUUAUUUAAUAAAAUCGUGCCGCCACCCAGUCGCCGCGGCGGGUACUGCAUGGAGGCUAACUCUUUGUUCCACGCCGUGCUCCUAAGUCUUGGAUUCCAAGUCUACAUGGCGGGUUCCCGGGUCUAUAGCAAAGAAGCCGGCAAAUAUGGUGGGUUCUCGCACUGUGUGAACAUCGUUAUCAUCGGCCAAGACCGGUACAUGGUGGACGUCGGCUUCGGCGCCAACGGCCCCACUGCCCCGGCCCGUCUACGCCCCAACGAACCGCGGACGCAUAUCGAGGGCACGGAGGCGCUUAUGCGAUUUGUCCACGAGGCGAUACCGCAGCACGUCGACCGGGGCCAAAAGGUGUGGAUCUACCAGCACCAGAUCAGCAGCGAUGCUGAGUGGGUGCCCAUGUACUGCUUCGUGGACAUCGAGUUCCUGCUCGAAGACAUCCGCGGGAUGAACCUAAGCCCCUGGAAGAGCCCCAGCUCGUGGUUUACGCAGAAAGUCGUGCUGUCGCGGUUUACUACCGAUGCGGAGGGUGAGGCGCACGAGUCUGCGUUUAUGAGUGAUAGGGCGGUGGCUGUGGGGAGGAUUGACGGCGCGUUAAUAUUGUUCCAGGAUACGCUGAAGUGGCGCCGCGAGGGGCAGACGGUGCUGAUAGCGAGGUUUGAGACGGAGGAGCAGAGGCUGGGUGCUAUAAAGAAGUAUUUUGGUAUUGAGCUUGAUGAGGAGGAUCGGGAGGCUAUUCGGGGCACGACGGCGGAGCUUAGUCAAGUUAAUUUCGCUAUUUAGGGCUAUGCCGUGGGAAUUUAUUGGAGGGCAACCCUUUUCUCUUUGAUGUAGAGGUAGAUAAUAUCUAUAACUAUAAAGUAGUAGAAUGAAUGGUUUACAUGUCUAUGUAAUGACAUAUAUAAAAGGGGCUACCCACUACUUC